GCAUGUAGCGGAGUACUGAGUUGUACAUGACAAGUUGCAAAUACCACUAAAGGAGGGGGUGAAUCGGGCCAACGUGCAGAAGUGAAGGCCAUCCGGCGGGCUUUAGAUAUUGCCAAAUGAGAGAAGUGACCAGUGCUUUUAUCAGUGAUCUCACUCACUCACGGAUGGUGGAAAACUCCCUGGGAGUGGUUACAGCCAUGGAAGCAGAGUGUACGGCAACAAGGAGGCAACCCCAUCAGAUCUGUUGCAUUGAGGAAACAUAUUCGUGCCUGUGUAGAGAACACAAUUAUGAAAGUAUGUCAUGUAAGAUGCACUCGUACCCAAGAGUUACACUACUAAGCAACAUGAAAGCAACCAGCAGGUGGGUAAAGCUGCUAGGACUGAAGUGGUUCAGGUAGCUUUGCGCAUUUACUAUGUCCAAACUAUUGCUAUGUUAUAUACAGAGCCAUGUGCCUGUUUUUCCUUUCACACACUUCUACAUCUGAAGAUGAAGAACAACAUGUCAUUUGUGAAUUGACGGCAGUCAGAGUGGGAAGUGUCUUGGGAAGCUCUCCUCUGCCUGGAUCUGUCCCCAGCCAUAGUGGAACCAAAAAUAAGGCUACAAUAAGCAAGGUUAUGGAUCCACUCUGCUCUGUCUGAGGUGCCAAGAUCCUAUCAGGAGCAUAAGCAGAUAGAUCCCAGGUGUCACUGUCAUUUUGCAUGACAUGAAUGAGGAGCUGUGUAUGGCAAAAGAAAACAAUGACCGAGCCUUCUUACAGGAUACAACCACUGCAGAGAGGGAAGGAAAAAAAAAAAAAGAGAGAGAGAGAAGAAAAAGGAGUUUACCCCUUGUAACAUCUGCUCAAGAGACAUACAACCUCUAUUCAGAGAGAUGCUGCUUCCUUUUCUGCUAACCCUUAAAUGAGGGUGAGAAGGGGUGGAUCCCGGCUCCACUCCUUCCAGUCACUCAGGUACAUUGCUUGCACCCGAGUUCCCUGGAUUAGUGAUGCCUUCUCAUCUGGUGCUCAACCAUUGGUUCAGGCUGUGGCCUGGUAAUUGCACUGCAAGACAUGUUCCCAAUUUUCUCAACUCAAACACUUGGCCGAUGGUUGAUUUUCCUAGAAAUGUCUCUGUUGUUCAUAACAAUAGUAAUUUGACAGUUGGUAACAAUACCAAAUGGGUGGAUGGAUGGAGGCAUUACAGGCAUGGAAAGGAGGAAGAAAGGAAGGAAGGGAAAGAUAAAAAGCUGUCUUGGUCUCUGAUGCUAUUUAGCCUAUCAUGUUUCCAAGCCAAAGGAACGCAAGAGGAAAGCACAACAAUGGCUGCAUCUGAGUGAGUGAAGUUGAGGGCCUGCCUUUGCAAAAACAAGAAGAGGUUCCCAUAGCUGUUAAAGCUGGAGAACUCCUCUAUCCUGCUUUUCCAAGUAGAUUCAGUGAGUUUGCAAAGAGUGGACUAGAAAACAUCAAGAGAAUUCAAAUCCUUUGGAAUGAUGAUGGAGGGAUUGGGAGCACAGGUAAUGUUCUCCUCCCUCAGAGUUGUUUGAAAGGAAUUAGAGAGGGAACCUCUAAGAAGGUAAAGCAUCUUGAAGUCUACCUGAAGUUCCUCUAUCCCAAUGCAUGCAUCAUGGGAAAUAAGCAGGAGCCGGAAGCCACAACUUUGAAAAUUAGAAAAUUAUUACCUUUUUGUUACCAUGGAAACGUGGUGAGAAGUUUCACACAACUGGAGCACUGCAGUCAAGAGCCUCAGGCUGCUCACAAGUGUUAGGUAGGGCAAGGGUGUUACACACUAGGAAGACUUGGGAGACUACUGACCCACGAGCCUCGUGUCUGUGCUGGGGAAGAUCAGGGAAUAGUUCUUUUCAGAAGCCUUGUUAAGUCACAUGCAAGAAAAGAAGGUGACCUGACACAGUCAGCAUUGUUUCACCAAGUGCAGAUCGUGUCUGACCAAUGUGGUGUACUUCUGUGGUGGAGUAAGAUCAUCAGUGGACGAAGGAAGAGUAAGUGAUGUCAUCCACAUGGACUUGUACAAGACUUUUGACAUGGUCCUACGCAACAUCCUUAUCUCUAAGUUGGAGAGGUAUGGAUCUGAAGGAUGGUCUAUUCUGUGGAUAAGGAACUGAAGUGGUUGGAUGGUCACAGCCAUAGGAUUGUGGUCAAGAGCACUAUGUCCAGGUGGAAACUGGUGAUGAGUGGUGUCCCCCUGGGCUUUGUCUAGGGACUAAUGCUCCUCAACAUCUCUAUUGAUGAAUUGAGACAGUGGGAUGAGAUGCACCCUCAGCUAGUUUGCAGAUGACACUUAUCUGGGGGUUCCAGUUGAUACAGUAGAUGGUAGGGAUGCUAUCCAAAGGACAUGGACAAGCUUGAGAAGUGAGUCCACAUGAAUUGAAUGAGAUUCAGCACGUCCAUGUGUUGAACUUGGACUUGGGUCAGGUUCUUCCCGAGUGUGAUUACAGUCUCGGAGAUGAACUAACUGAGAGCAGCCCCGUGGAGAAGGACUCAGAGUUUCAGGUGCACAAAGAUCUUGACAUGAGCCAUAAAUGUAUGGUUGUGGUACAGAUGACCAACUGUACUGUGGGCUCCAUCAGAAUAAAGAUUGCUAUCAGGGUGACAGAGGUGAUUGCGCCCCUCUGUUUUGCCCUUGUGAGGUCCCACGUGGAAUAUUGUGUCCAGGUUUAUGCCCACCAGCACUACCAUGGAGCAAGUGGAGCAAAACCAGAGGAGGACAUGAAGAUAAUCAGAAAGUUGAAGCACCUCUGCUAUGACGUAAUGCUGAGGCGGACUGGCUUGUUCAGCCUAGAGAAGAAUCACACUGUGGCUUUCUAAUACUUACAUGAACUUACAAAGAAGAGGGUGAUUGGCUUUUUACAUUCCUUCCCUUCUGCUGAUAUCUGUGAGACUGGGUGUCCCAACUGCUGUUAAAAGGACCACAGUGGAGUUCACAGUGCAAAAACAUGGACACACCUGAGUGCUGACUCUGAGUGCUCAGGCAUUUCCCAUGUGGGCUCAAUUUAUCUUGUUGCAAAGGGCUGCUCUCCUUGGCAUCAGUCACGAUCUAUCAAACAGGAAAGCAUUAGAGCCUUAGCACACUGGGUGAGGUGUGAUACACAAUGCGAAGCAAACAAUAUCAGCAUUCUGUCCUACAGGAGAAGUACAAUUGUGGUGCAAUAGCAAGAUGGAGUGAUGGUGAAUCGCUUGCAUAGAACAUGUUUCCCUGUAAGCUGUCUGGCACCAAUUCAAUCACUCAAUAAUGGUAUGUGCCUGGACCGCCCUUCUUGUUAAUUUGCGGAUUAUAAAGAAGAGAAAAUGAGGAAAACGUGACCACGCACUGAAAAGAAAUGACAUAACAUUAUGCAAACUCUACAAGGCACGGAGCAAAAGAUUUCGCAGUGGCGAUCCAGGGAAGUGAUACCCAGAGCAGCACUGCAUGUAAGACAGCUCCCAAACUCGGCGAGUAUUUACACUGUGCUCUGGGAUGGUGUUUGCAGGAGGAACGGAGAUGCGAACCUCCAAGUCCACCCACAUCGGCAGCGGUGCUCGGAACGCGGAGGAGGAGCAGUUCCCCGUUGCGCCGCUGGGUGGGGAUGUUGGCCACGAAGCGGCAGCUCCCGCUGGCCGCAGCGCGCUUGCAGGCGCAGGCGCCCAGAAGAGCCGUGCGAGCUGCUGGGGAAGAAAAGUGCGGCGGGGCUUUGGAGCCGGGCGCUCGGGGGCUUUGGGGCCGAGCUGCUGGGAAAGGCAGCUUCUGGUUGGCGAGCGGCAGCGCCGUGCGUCGGGGCCGGCGAGAAAGACUGCGAGCCAUGAAAGGCCGGCUGUGGCGGAGAGGGACGGCGAGCGGGAGACGGAGCGGCGGCGGCGGCGAGAGGCAAGUGCUGCUGUGGCUCGUGUGCGUUUGCGUGUGGGAGAGCGGGGCCGAAACGCUGCGCUAUUCGGUGGCGGAGGAAAUGGCGAGGGACUCGUUGGUGGGCAACGUCGCCCAGGACCUGGGGCUUUCUCCGAGCCAGCUCGCGGCUCGCAAGGCGCGCGUGGUGUCCGAGGGGAGCGAGCAGCAUUUCCGCCUCGAUCCGCACAGCGGCGUCCUGACGGUCACGGAGACGCUGGACCGAGAGCGGAUCUGUCCGCACAGCGAGAGCUGCGCGCUCUUGUUUAAGCUUUUCUUUGAGAACCCGGUGCAGCUGAUCCGCGGGGAGGUGGAGGUUCGGGACGUGAACGACCACUCUCCCGAGUUCCCCGAGAAGGAGAUGAUCUUAGAGAUUCUUGAAACGGCAUCUGCUGGGAUCCGUUUCCCCUUAGAAGCAGCUCGGGAUAAGGACGUGGGGAUUAACGGCUUGCAGGAUUACAGCCUCUCCCCAAACUCGCAUUUCUCCCUUGCUCUCGAAGCAGGGAAGCGGGGAGGCAAAUACGCGGAGCUCGUCCUGCAGAAGCCUUUGGACCGCGAGGAGCAGCGGGAGCUGCAUUUGGUGCUCACGGCCACGGACGGGGGCUCGCCGCCCAGGUCGGGCACGGCUCAGGUCCGGGUGGUGGUGCUGGAUGCCAACGACAACAUGCCGGUGUUCUCGCGGGAGGUGUACGAGGUGCGCGUGGCCGAGAACAGCCCCCCGGGGCAGCUGGUGGUCCGGGUGUCGGCCGCAGAUCCCGACGAAGGCUCCAACGGCAAAGUGCGGUAUGCCUUCACCCAGGCAUCGGAGGGUUCACGUCAGCUCUUCGAUCUUAACGCUGACAGUGGGGUGAUUCGGGUCUCGGGAAAGCUAGACUUUGAGGAAGCAAAAAUGCACGAGCUCGUGGUGAGAGCUAUGGAUGGCGGUGGUCUGUCUGCGCACUGCAGAGUGCACGUGGAGGUGCUGGACGUGAACGACAACGCGCCGGAGAUCGCGCUGAGCUCCGUGAGCGCCUCCAUCCCCGAGGACGCCCCGCCCCGCACCGUGGUGGCCCUGCUGAGCGUGCGGGACCGCGACUCCGGCGACAACGGGCGGACGGAGUGCGCCAUCGAGGGCGACGUGCCGUUCAGCCUGACGGCCGCUUUCGCCAACCACUACGAGCUGCGCACCAGCGCGGCCCUGGACAGGGAGACGACGGCCGAGUACAACGUGAGCAUCGUGGCCACGGACUGGGGCCGGGCGCGGCUGAGCGCUCGCGAAAGCGUGUCGGUGCGCAUCGCCGACGUGAACGACAACGCGCCGCGCUUCACGCAGGCGGCGUACAGCAUGUCGGUGAGCGAGAACGAGGCGGGCGCGGUGCGGAUCGGCAGCGUGAAGGCGACGGACGCGGACGCGGGCGCGAACGGGCGCGUGAGGUACGCGCUGGUGCGGGAGGAGGGCGAGGAGCGGCCCGCCGUGUCGGUGGACGCCGAGAGCGGGGCCGUGUCCGUCGUGCGGCCGCUGGACUACGAGGAGGUGCGCGCCGUGGAGGUGACGGUGCGCGCCGCCGACGGGGGCUCGCCGCCGCGGAGCGCCACGGCGCUGCUGCGGGUGCUGGUGCGGGACGAGAACGACAACGCGCCCGUGGUGCUGCACCCGCCGGCCGACGGCGGCGCGGCGCUGGGCGAGCUGGUGCCGCGGCGGGCGCGGGCGGGCUACCUGGUGGCCAAGGUGGUGGCGGUGGACGCGGACGCGGGGCAGAACGCGUGGCUGUGCUACGAGCUGGCCAAGGCGACGGAGCCGGGGCUGUUCCGCGUGGGGCUGCACAGCGGCGAGGUGCGCACGGCGCGGGCCGUGGGCGAGCGCGACGCGGCCCGGCACAGGCUGGUGGUGCUGGUGCGGGACCGCGGGCGGCCGCCGCGCUCCGCCAGCGCCACCCUCGCCGUCGCCCUGGCCGACGGCUUCUCGGAAGGCCACCUGCGGGCGAGCGAAGAGGCGCCGGCCGCCGAGCCCGACGGCCGCCUCACCCUCUACCUCAGCGUCUGCUUGGCCUGCGUGUCCGCGCUCUUCGUGGCCGGCGCGGCGGCCGCCGUGGCCGCCAAGGUGCGGCGGGCCCGGCGGGGCGAGCCGGGGACCUUGCCCACCUUCCCGCAGUCCGCCGCCGACAGCAGCGCCGGCUCCCUGCCCCGCAGCUACGUCUACGACGUCCGCCUCGCCGCCGGCACCGUCAACAGCGAGUUCCGCUUCCUCGGGCCGCUCUUGCCCUGCUUCCCCGCCGGGCUGCCGCAGGGCGCGGCCGAGCAGCGGAGCUCGCUCUGCUCGGCCGGCCUCGGGCAAGAAGAAGGCGACUGGGCUGUGCAGGGCCGAGCUCCCCUCUCUGAAGGCACGGCUCCCGGGGCAGCAGAGGAGAAUGCCAGUUUGGAUCAAAGCCCCUGGCUCAGCCAUCAGUAAGGGAGGAGAAGGAGCAGCAUCUCGAUCCUCGUGGGCUGAUGUCUUCGAAGUGAAAUGAAGGAGGGACCAAACACAUGCCAAAAAUGUACCAAGGAAAUGCAGUACUGCUGUGUGAGAGUGCAAGGACACUCCUGUUAACCAGUCCUUCAUGUAUUUAGUAUGAACCCUUGAUAAGUCAGCAGGGUCUUGCAUGCUGCAAACACUGACAUUUGAUAUCUAAUUGUUGUAGUGCUAUUGCUGCUAAGUAUUAAGUGAAAAUGGAAAGAAAAAGUUGGAUGGGGGCCUUGGGCAGCCCGGUCUAGUAUUAAAUGGGGAGGUUGGUGGCCAUGCCUGUUGUAGUGGGGUUGCAGAUUCAUGAUCCCUGAGGUCCCUUCCAACCUGGGCCAUUCUGUGAUUCUCUAAUAUUCAAGGUAUUGUUUUCCUACGUGUGUUUUUAUGCAUUGUUUUGUUGUUGUUGUUGUUGUCAGGUGGGCUCUGUAAUAUUGUAAUCUAUUCAAUGCCAGGUUGUGAAUCUAUUAAUCAAAGCUGAAUGUUUCCAGCAAAAGUAUUCUUGAAUAACACUGGGAAGCUGGCUGCCUUUGAGAUGACUGACGUUCACACUGUGCACGUGCAAUCAGGAGUUCUUGGGUUUUGUAUGUUGUACCGGGUGGUCUUUGAGCACUGUAUUUGGUUUUGGAUUGGUUUGAUUUCUUUCUCAACAUGAAGUCUAAAUGAAUGGUUCUAGAGCAUUCCAGGAUUAUGGAAUAUAGAUAUGAAGAGAUAAUAAAAUCUUCAAAGCCAUGUGCUAUUUCCCAUUGCUCACAUAUUUCCUGGAGUUGAAUGCCUGGUCACAGAAACCAGUAAAAUCUGCUGAGAAAUCUGUCAGAAGAUGAGCUUCAAUCUUACGUACAAAGUUAUUAUUGUAGUGAAAAGGUGCGUUAAGCAUCACUGUUGCUGUUACAGCCUUCUCCACCUGAAGCUGAAGGGUCACGUGUCCCUGUGAAAUGAGGGCAGUGAUUGUGAGAAGUGUCCGGGGAAGCUCUUCUCAGCCCGGAUCUGUUCCCUGCUAUAGUGAUGCCAGUGGUCAGGUUACAGUGAAAGAAGGGUGUGGGUCCUCCUUCAUCUCUUUGAGGUCCCAGGGAUGAAUCGGGCAGUGGUC